CUCUUCAACUUCCCUGAUAAAGUAAAUCGGCAGAAGUGUACGAGGCGAGGAACAAACCAUUCUUAAAUUAUUCGCAGUUACUAACUUAUUAAUUAUCUCCUUCUGGGGAGAUACAUAUUUAGCUCGUUAUAGUUUGAACUGGAUUUAUAUAUCUAAGUUAUAUCUAGCUGCUAACAGCUCGACCUAACGAUUCUUCUCGUCGCGUAGUUUGGAUUUUAAAGUGGACGAGUGGUGAACGCGGUGAAACUUUUCCGUUUGUCCUUCGAAGUCCAACACACAUCCCAGCUAAAACCAUGCCAUUCCCCUUCGGAAAGCCUCAGAAGAGCCCUGCAGACAUUGUGAAGAGUCUGAAGGAGAAUAUGGCAUACUUGGAGAAGCUGGAAUCAUCUGAAAGCAAGAAAUAUGAGAAGGUUGCAGAGGAAGUAUCAAAAAAUCUUGCAUCGUUGAAAGAGGUGCUGUCUGGCACUGGAGACAAGGAGCCUCAGACUGAGGCAGUGGCCCAACUUGCUCAAGAGCUCUACAACACCAACCUCCUCAUUUCACUCAUUGCAAAUCUACAGAGGAUUGAUUUUGAGGGAAAGAAGGAUGUGGUGCAUCUGUUCAGCAACAUAGUACGUCGGCAGAUUGGCGCUCGCACCCCGACUGUGGAGUACAUCUCGUCCCACUCUCAGAUCCUCUUUAUGCUGCUGAAAGGCAGCUAUGAAACCCCAGAAGUGGCCCUUAACUGUGGCAUGAUGCUGAGGGAAUGUCUGCGUCAUGAACCUCUGGCCCGAAUCCUUCUGUUCUCGGAGGAUUUCUUCUGCUUCUUUCGCUAUGUGGAGUUGUCUACCUUCGACAUUGCCUCUGAUGCUUUUGCCUCUUUUAAGGAUCUCCUGACAAGACAUAAGAUCAUGUGUGCAGAUUUCCUAGAGACAAAUUAUGACAGAGUGUUCACGGAGUAUGAAAAGCUGCUGCAUUCCGAGAACUAUGUCACCAAGCGCCAGUCUCUGAAGCUUUUGGGAGAACUACUACUGGACAGACACAACUUCACAGUCAUGACCAAAUACAUCAGUCGAGCUGAGAACCUAAAGCUGAUGAUGAACAUGUUGAGGGACAACAGCCGCAACAUUCAAUUUGAAGCCUUCCAUGUCUUUAAGGUGUUUGUGGCCAACCCCAAUAAGACACAGCCUGUGCUGGACAUCCUCAUCAAGAAUCAGUCGAAGUUGGUGGAAUUCCUGAGCCACUUUCAAACGGACCGCUCAGAAGACGAGCAGUUCUGCGAUGAGAAGAACUAUCUCAUCAAGCAGAUCCGGGACAUCAAAAGGUCUGCACCUGCAGAGGAGUCCUAAUGGAAACGUGGAGUGUAGAACCGGGGCGCUCGCCUAGUGAUGUGGUUUGAUUAUGUGGGUGAGAAUUGGAUGGGAGGAACAGCUAAGUCAAAGAAAGAAAUCACUUGGACUAAAUAUAUGUACAUCUAACUUCUGAAAUAGGUGGAGAAAUGCUGGCAGAAUGUGCAAACACUUGCCUGUCCCUUUAGUUGGGGCGAGCAGGGAGGAGCAAGUAGAUCCCAAGCACUCCAUUUAAACCUAUAUAUAUUUUUAGCACUGCCCUUAGAAAAAAAGUACAAUUGAUUUACCUUCAGGUGGUAAAUCUUAGAUUAAAAAAUUGUAUCCAAAUUCAUGUGAAUGAGAACUAUAUCUAAAGCCUGCUCGUGGCUUUUUAACAUUUUUUUUUAAAGUUUGAACAAGUAUAUUGGUACAAGGUAUGGCUCUGCAUAUUUGCACUAAAUCUGGUAGCUUUGCUCCAGGUUGGCCAUUAGUGCCAGUUCACACACAUUGUCUUAGCACAAGACAACCAAAUAUUGUAAAACGGUAGGUCAUAAACACAGGACAUCAUGAAUGAGGCCUUAUUUAAGUACACAAAUACAGUCGACAGGACAUUCUCACAUUUAAACUAGUUAAGGGAUGUUAAAGCAUUUUUAAAAGCCAGAAAAUGUCAUGUGGUCAAGCAAAACCUUUAUCUUUGAAAAAACAGCUGUGGAGUUUAGUGGUCAUGUUGGAUGCUGCACUCAAUUUCCAUUUUAACUGGGUGCCUUAUUUAAAUAGCUUGGUCAUUCUGGGUCUUCUAUUACAUUUAUAUUUAUCUAUAACAUUGGAUUUGUAGUAUUAUUCUGCUUUUGCUUGGGUUAACAAAUUAAGAGGACUAGUUUUAUUUAAACUGCUUUAAAGUGAUAAAAAAAAAAAACUCAUUAUAGGUUUUCUCAGUCUAGAUAAAAAUGCAAUGAAUUCAGGGUUCAAAGACUUCAGUGAAGGUGAAAUGCAUGGUACACAAUUACAGUGCAAGACUUGAUAACUUACACACACACUGUAACAUUGAAAGGAUGUGAAAUGCUAGAGCUGGGCAUGUCAUGUCAUUCCUCAUACUGCAUUUUGAUGGACAGCUUAGACAAGCCAAUUAAAAGCCUUUAAAAGAUGGAUACAAUAGGAAAGACCAUUUAACACAGUUCUUCGUGUCCUGCACUGUCAAACUUGAAUGAGCCAAAGCUGUGGUAACAUGGUACAUCUUACGAUGCCUGACUGGACUAAGAAUUGGGUUCUCCAUUGGAUCGCACCUUUCAGAAUCUCUUAGAAGUUUUAGAUUAAAUGCAGAACAGCAUUCUACUGAAAGGUUCCACCAUUAGUCUUUAUACCUUAAGUUGAAUAUAUUUUAUGCACUCUAUUUGCACAAGUUCCUUUUCUUAUAUACCUCAGAUUUUAAAUUCCUAAGUGCUGUCCACCCAACACCCCCCUGCUUUAGUAGAUUUUGUGGUAUCAUAGCAUUAGCAAAUGCAUUUGGUGUCAUGAGCUAGCAUUGGUUAAUCUUGGUUAAUGUUCAAUAUAUAUAUAUUUCAAUACAGUUAAAUCAAUUAACAUUAGUUUAAACAUAAAUAACAAACAAUGUUAUAUUCAUUAUUAACAUUAACCUAGAUUAAUUAACUGUUAAUGAUGCCUAAUGCAAAAAGUAACAAAUCAAAGUUUGUCAUAAGUGUUUGUUGUCAUUAUGGAUGUGGGGCAGUAGUUUGAAUUAUGCAAGCUAGAAUAAGACUUUACAACACCAAAGUUGUGGUCUUUGUAAUGCUGAAAGGACCUACAAGGGAAACCGUUUAAUUUUUGCAGUUUACUAAUGGGUACAUAGUCUGUCACGAGUGUGAGGAGAGCACUCGCCGUGCUUGUGUAAAUGAGCCACACUCUAAAAGGUUUUUAAUGGAUCAAUUCAAAUGUCAAUGUGUUCUUGUGCUUUGACAUCGUUUCAGUCAGCGCUUCAGCAGACACAAAUGAUUUGAAAGUAUAACUUGCGUGUUUAGAUUUGUGCUUUAUUGUAAUUAUGUAGGGGGGUAAAGGGGUAAAACCUUCUGAGCUGCCUUUCUUGCUCUUAUAAACUGCACCAUGUGUAAAAUCACUUGUCA